AAGUGGCAGCUCAUGGGAACUGAUUGAAUCUUCUUCCAUUCAUUUCUCGACUUGUCGACAUCCGAAGUGGACUUCUUCGAUCGCAGUGCUUCAACAAGCAGGGGCAAGCGACUUCCGUGGCAAGGUGCUUAUUAUUUCACAUUGUGUUGCCCUGCGAGCAGGUUGUGCCGUUAUACUACACAGUAAUGAAUAAAAUGUCGUGACGCUAAUCACGGUCGUCAUAGGUGUUAAGUGGAAGCAUAUUAAUGUGACUUACGAAGUGAAUAAACAUUAAAACAGUGUCCAAUAUCCUGUUCCAGUAUACUAUUUGGACUGCGAUAUCAAUUAAGAUAAAUCACCAAAAUGACUGGCGAACAAAAAGGUACCGUGCUUGUUACCGGAGGCGCCGGAUACAUUGGCUCCCAUACUGUCGUAUCGCUGCUGGAGGCCGGUUACAGCGUCGUUGCUCUGGAUAAUUUCACCAAUUCCGUGAAUUCAGCAAAAAACGAAUCGGUUGCACUUCAACGUGUAGAGGAAAUCACCGGUAAGCAGAUUACGUUCUACCGUUGUGAUCUGCUGGAUAAGGAUGCUGUGAAUGCAAUCUUUAAAGCACACAAAAUAGACUCUGUAAUACACUUUGCUGCCCUGAAAGCGGUCGGUGAAUCGAUGACCAACCCGUUGCUGUACUACAAAAAUAACAUGAUUGGCAUGAUCAACUUAUUGGAAGUGAUGGACAGCCAUCGCAUUUAUAAAAUGGUUUUCUCCAGCUCGUGUACGGUUUACGGAGAGCCGGAGACGCUUCCUAUCACGGAGGAAAAUCCAACCGGCAACGUCACUAACGUGUAUGGUCGAACCAAAUAUUUCAUCGAGGAAAUGUUGAAAGAUGCUGUCCGUGCAGAUGCGAAGUGGAACAUAAUUGCAUUGCGAUACUUCAAUCCGGUUGGCGCACACAAAUCGGGACGAAUUGGGGAGGAUCCGACCAAACAAUUCACCAAUCUGAUGCCUUAUAUUAGCCAAGUUGCCAACGGUAAAAAGGAUGUACUUACCAUAUUCGGUAACGAUUACAACACUCCUGAUGGAACAGGCGUGAGAGACUACGUGCAUGUUAUGGACCUUGCCAGUGGGCACGUGGCCGCAUUGGACAAGCUGGAUAGAAUGCAUUUGGGAUUGAAGGUCAGUCAGUUUAAGCAAAAAAAAAAGAAUAUUUACUAUAAGCUCUCAUUUCAGAUGUACAACUUGGGAACCGGUAAAGGCAUUUCGGUGAUGGAGUUGAUCAAAACUUUCGAAACGGUAAAUAAUGUAACCAUACCGUAUGUUAUUCAAGAACGGCGGGCUGGCGACAUUUCUGCUAUGUAUGCCAACGCAACUUUGGCUGAAUCGGAACUGGGAUGGAAAGCUGUUCACAGCGUCGAAGAGAUGUGCGAAGAUUUCUGGCGAUGGCAGCAAAUGAAUCCAAACGGCUAUAAAAGCGAACAAAUGAAUGGUUUCCACUAAUGCGUCAGUAGUAGUUUCUAUCAGUUUAGAAUUAAGGAACUUUUUAGAGAACUAUUUAUUCGUUUCACCGUGGAACUUUUAUUAUUUCGAACAGUCUUGCGUUUUGUAAUUUUAAUACUUCUAUUCCAAUUGAUGUAAAGUUCGGAUACACAUUUCGUGCGAAUAGUUCCAGGCAUUUAGGCUGCUUCGGAAGCAAAUCGGUAAAUAAAUCUAAAAAAAGU